CUUUGGUACUUGACUAGAAGUAGAAGUACAGAGUGUGAAUAUGUUUGCCACCUCUAGAAAUAGCUAACCCCUAAUUAUGAUUCAAUUCAUGAAGAGUUGUUACAACUGUGUCUUUGACCACUUCAGUGUACUAAAAUUCUUUUUAACUUGCUUGGAUGAACAAUGGUUCUGGGGUUCCAUCCUAUCAUUCAGUGUGAUGGCUGCGACUUAUUUGGACUGUGAAGUCUGCGGGUCAAGCUCGGAGCAAAGCUAUUGUUGGACAACACUGGCGUUUCUGCUCAAGUAUAAAUAGUGCUCUUUCCCCAGAGCUCUGAGUGGUAGCUAUUCUGUAAGUGAAACCAGACCUAGGGAGCCCAAACAAGUCAGCGAGCACCAUGCCCCUCUCAUUCCACACUUGGAUUUGGACUGGUUAACCUCGCUGCCACCUCAUUGCCUCAAUACACCAGACAACAAAUGAUUUGAUAAACAGCACAAAUUUGACAAAUGUCAUUGCUUUGCAUGGACUGAGAAGCUCAGUUCUUCUCCAAUCAGCAAAUGCAAUCCAAGAAUGUUUGUUCUGAAUAGCUUUUCUUAUUGAUGCUGCCAUUUGUUUGCAUGACAUGCAAUUGUUGAAUCGUGCAAUUCGUUUUCUUGACAAGCCAGAAUAAAUAUUGUCCAGAUUUCUAUUCUCGCAAACUAUCUUCUUUUUAUUAUGUAAUUGUGAACCUUUUUUUGUAGACAUUAGCUGGUGCUGAUGUCUACAUUCUGACUAGAUGAGUCAGUGAUAAAUCCAACACAAAACCUCUUAACCAGACUGUAAUCCGCCCACCUAGUCGAGGAGCUCAGAGUACGUUUACAAUCUGUGCCCCACUAGCCCCAAACUGUCACUCAGCAGCAAGGUGUACUUUUCUCCAGUGAUUUCAGCACUUUAGAUGUUAUCUCUUAAAAUGCAUUGUUUCCAAAAGCCUUUAGUCUGUCUUAAUGCGAGCCUCCCACGCGUCAAAAGUGUGAGUCCUGGCCUAAAGGUCUGCUCAGUCGACCAGAGAAUAAAUACUCAACAUGUUAUGAUUAGGAUGAGGCUUGAUGAUGAUUCACGCGCUGAAAGUGAAAUAAUCAUCCAUCCAUCCAUCCAUUUUCCAAUCUGCUCAUCAUCAUGUGGGUCGCGGGUGUGCUGUAGCCUAUCAGAGCUGUCUUUGGAGAGUAGGCGGGAGACAUGCUGAACUGGUUGCCAGCCAAUCACAGGUCACACAUAGAAAACCAACCAUUCGUGCUCAUAAUCACACCUAGGGACAAUUUAAGAGUGUUCAAUCAGCAGGUGCGGGAGGAACAUGCAAACUCCACAAGUGAAGGCCGGAGCUGGAAUCGAACCCUGAACCUCUGCAAUGUGAAGUUGACGCAACAACCAGUGGAUCACCGUGCCGCGUGAAAUAAUCAGAUAUCACUAUGAAUGGCCAGCAGUCACACUUUUGGUGAUAGAGAGGAGGAUGCAGAAGACUUUGAAGAAGACUUGGAAAAAAGGAUGACGUGCUGUGGCGACCCCUAACAGGAAAGGUAAAGAGCAAAAGAAGAAGAAGAAAAAACAUUUCAUUUUCAAGUGCAAGUACCGUUAAUAAUUUUUCCGUUCCAAAUAUGUCCAGGAUCCAGUUCCCCGGUGAUGGACUUAGCCCACAGAAGUUUACCUUUUGCAACAGGUUCUGUGAGAUGUUGAAGGUGUCUGAAAUACCCCAAGAGCAUGCAGAUGUCGGACUUCCUCCUUUGCAGGAGGACAGUGGCGAGCGUCCUGUUCCGGAUGAGACCGAGUUCAACACUUCAGGCACAAAACCAGCUUUUUCUGCUUACCCCGACACCUUACUGAACGGCAUGAAGGGGUAUGAGAUAACAGCCGGUGACCUGGACUUCUUGAGGAAGAUUCAAGUGGAGAAACAUGUCAAGGAGCUAUGGGCAGAGCUGGAGGUGGUGCGAAGCGUGCUGCAAAGGGAGCUGGUCUUGGAGCCGAUGCUGACCUCCAGCGAGAACGUGCAAGAUGAUCUGGACAAAUCUUCAUCGUACUCGGAGCUUGUGGAGCACCACAAGCAGGUGCUUGGAAUCAUGUUGUCAUCAAUCAAAGUGUUGGAGCAAAAUGCCACGUCACUGCUGGCUGUAGUAAACAAGGAAGAUGUGGAUAGGGCACCGAGUAAGAAGAAGAAGAAGAAGAAGCAGCAGCAGGCACUCAGUCAUAUGGAGAAGGACAUAAGUCGGACAAAGGAGGAAUCAAAGGAGACUGAACAGUUGGUGAAACAACUUGUUGGUUGCCAGAUGCUGAUUCAGCAACUAAUGAGAAAGAUGGCAGAACUCAACUCUAAACUAGCUCAACCAGAGAUUGAGAGAAGAGGAGUUGUUAAACCAGUGGCGCCAAAGACUGAUCUGCCCGCUGGCAAGGACGCAAGUAAGCGUGCAUACAAACCCCACAGAUCGCCUUCAAAAUCCACGGUGGAGAGGGCCCCCAAAGCAGCCGCGGGGCAGCAGAAACUGGCCGAUAAUUCGAAACCUGGCCGAGGGAGACCCAAGGCCGUCAGUCGCGCAAAGGCUGCGGCGUCGCAGGCGGAAAGUGGCAAAGAGGCAGACAACCCGAAGCAUCCUGAGCCAGCAAGGCCACUUGAGCAUCAGCAGGAGACCAACCAACCAAAUAUUGUUCUUAGACGCUCCAAGAGGAUUGCAGAGAGGCAAUUGCACACAACCAAAUGCGCUCCCUGAAGUUUUUUUGACUUCAGUUUUAUUAGAUUUUUUUUCAUGCAUAUAAAUAAAAAUGUGCUUCAAUUGUAGUGUGAUGCUUUAAAGAAUCGCAUCGCAUUGCAUCUCA